AUGGGAACAAUAUUCACUUAGUAAUUGCUGGGAAAUAUAUCCGUUGAAUUUAUUCUCUAAUUGCUCAAGCUUCAAGAGAUUUAAAAAAAAAUCUUAUUUACUUAUAUCUAUUGUUUAAGGGUCUCUCAAAAUAAAAGAAUCCAAGACAGACAAUCAAAAAAGAAAAAUGUCGACACCAAUUCUCUCAUCACCAAAUUAAUUAGUUUGGUUGUGAUUUCAUUAUUAAAAGAUGAUUUUAGUAAUCAAAAUAUGGAUUCUGUCAUGAAGAAUUUAGGCUUUGUUGACGAAGAUGAAAGAUAGAAUAUACUCUUAAAUAUACUCAGAAUUCAAUUUGAAAUGCCUUCUAUGAAUUUGAAUUAUCUCAAGUAUGUCUCUACUAAAUGUCAAUAAAUAUCUGAGGAAACCUACCAUUCCUUUAAUGGAUACUUCACCAAUGUCUUGAAUCCUACCACUCUUUCCUAUGAUCAAUAUAUGAUUUCAAUGCAAUUAGGAAUCAUCUAUGGGAAGGUUGACUCCUUCUUUGCUUCUAUUGGAUAGAGUUUUCUGAGAGAUCUCUAACAAUUUGAAUAAUAUAAGGACUUCUUAUAAAGAGAUCUUAUUCUUAUAGUAGAUUUGAUGGAAAAUCCUUAUUACUUUGCUAAUGUUUUAAUUCACAAUGGUAAUUGCCCUGAGGAUGUUUAUAAAAAUUUACUCAAAAAGGUUGCAAUUACUAUUUGGUAAUUAAAUCCUAAAAUCAGAUUUUCACAAUUGCAAUAUCAGAUAUCUUUACUUUUAAAAUUAGAAGUCUUGCCCUAAGAUAUUAAAGAAAUGUUUAUUGUAGAUUAGAAUAACAUCAUUAAAUUAAAGGAGCAAUAUGAAUAAUUAUGGCCAUUUAUGUGUUUGUAAAGAGAUUUAUAAUCAGUUGAAGUGUAUUUGAAACUAGUUGCAGAUGAAGUGCUAUUCAAUGAAUUGUUGCAAGAUUAGGCCAGUUUUGAAUUCUUAUCCAGAAUACAAGAAGUCAUGUUCAGGAGUCCCAACUUCAUAUAAAUAAUUUAUCAAUUGUUAAUGUGUGCCAAUAGAAUGAAUCUUAAAAUUUGGUUAGGAAAAAUAUUGUUUUACGCCAAGAAGUUUAGUCAUGUCAAUUAAGAGUGCAAAACUUUAUUAAAAUCAAAGGAGUGCUAAUCCUUUAUAUAAGAAAUGCCAUCAAAUUAUAAGAAAUUUAUGUAAAUUGAGAAUUGA